CGGACGGGAACUGGUGUUUUCGCCUAGGUGUGGCCGUAGACAGUUAAAGAUUUCAUUUAAAUUCUUCAUUUUGAAUAAUAAAACAACAAAUACUAUCCAUAUGCGCCAUGUCACGUUAGUAAUUCUCACGGUUCAUGAGAAUUAAUAUCGAAUGGAAAUAAUAUCUACGAUUGAAGAAAUGUAUACUUGAAUUGGAUUCUGUUGUACUACGUAUAUACACGCUAGUAAUGUCCAGGGAUCUGCUUAACUAAAUUGAAAGUUUUUUGAUGAUCUUAUAUAACCACACCUUUAGUUUCUUUCUUUUGGGUUAACAAAUAUACGUCUGUCAGGCUAUUUAAUAAAGUAGUCUUCUGUCAUCCUCGAAUGGACAUUCAUCAGCCCGUCUUAGUAAAGAAAAAUUUAUCGGACGAUUUUUAUUGUCUAAAGCCAACUAUAUAAAGAUACGAAUGAACUACUUAAUCGCCGAGUUUUAAUUUUAAAGUUCACCUUGCUAUCUAGACUACAUCCUUGCUCUUCUACUUGAAAUCAGCAACUGUUUCGCUUACAAUGUUAAGGCACCCGUAAAGCGUGCAAACUCAUUUUUGUUAUUACCUUAAAUUUGAAUAUGUCAGAGCCAAUUCCAAACUACUUUUCUUCCAUCUCGGAUUUCGCAAGAAUUACUUCUUCCACAAGCUUCCUUACGACUGUCAACGUUAAGCAAAAAAUAUGUUUGCUAACUCUGUUUCUGUGAAAUGAUGAUGCGAUGUUAUAUAUAGAAAAAAACAGGAUAGGCAAGAAAUUAAACUAAGGGGAUGAAGCGUAACCUUCUCAAACAUUGACUUUGUUACGUUAAACGGGGAGUUCGUCUUGACUUUCCUAAGGAAGUGCUUGUCUUUCACCAACUUCUUUUCAAUACCUCAGACAUGCAAAAUGUUUUUAUUUAGCAAGAAAGGAUUAAUUUCUUUGCUUUUAUGCACGUUUUCUUCAUUAAUUCAAGCUCGAGAUAACUCACUUUUUUUGUACCAACCCCGAGUCUAUCCUGAUCUUAUUGAUUAUCAAAGUUUCCAAUUGGCUGUUUAUUGCAAACGGGUGAAUGCAGAUGAAAAUCAUCCUAAAUAUAGCUCCAUACAAACCUAUGAAAGGAUAGGUGGAGGAAUGGCAGUAGCUUAUUUUCCAAUGGAAGAAUGGGAGUUAGUACUUGGUAAUAGCGGACUUGAAAAAGAUUGUUUAAACGAGCUUUAUCACAAAAAUUGGGAUUUUUUUUUAUUUGAAUACAUAUGCCCUGAAAAAAGAGAUAUUUGGACUGGCCCAUUUUCCUACAGCAGUGAUUCCAUUCGUACAUUCAGCUUUCCAUCCAAUAUUACUCACCCAAAUCAAUUCUUUGAGGUUGAAGAAAAACACAGAGGAACGUUUUGCCUUGCAACGAAGCCACUUUCAAAGAAAGGAUCCCCAAGUAUACCAUAUGUUCAAAUGGGUUACAAUAGCAGCCAGGAACCCUUAUUCACUGAGGUAUAUACUAAAGACGCUCUUUACUACGCUCCUCUGAUAUUUACCUUUGGGUCUCUUUUGUUUUCUCUUUAUUGGAUAUGUGCGAUGUAUUCUCAGAGAUCAAAAAUCCUUCCCAUUCAAUACGGACUUUUGGUGCUCAUUUUAAGUUCUGUCUUUGGGCUCCCAUUUUUCUUUUGGUGGAAAAAAUCUUGCAAUUACAAUUAUUUAGGUUUUUUUGUCCCUUGGCAUGUUUUAGAUAUCAAACAAGCUUUCGAUUCUUUCAUUGAACGGCUGUUACUCCUUUUUGUUUCCUUUGGCUUUGGUGUAUGGCGUCCAAUUCACCGAAAGCUCAUUUUAGGAAUGACACUUGUUUUACUUUUUCCUUUUGCAUAUCAUAGUAUUUUGAAGAUGCUUCAUUGGAAGACUAAGCUAAGUGAAACAGCUUUGGAUUCCAUUGAUACAUUUUUAAAUGACUCUAGCUUUAGUUUGGUUGGAUUAACAACUCUAUAUUUAAACCGAACUUUAACAUCUACGCCAUACAUAAAAUCAAAAGAAUCUCUUCGAGUCGCAAAGCAAUCUCUUUACUAUUGUGUUGCGCUUUUUCUGAUUUUAACUUUUGCAAAAUCAUAUUUUGGUUAUGUUGAAAUAUUUAGGAAAACUUUUCUGUCAGAUAGCUUUAUCUGUUGGACGUUUCGUUAUGUAACUAAAAUUCUAAUUCCCUGCUAUAUCUGGCAUCCUUCAAAAAACAAAUGGAUCCUUUAUCACAAGGAAGAGGACAAAGAUUACUUGAAACUUAAGAUAGGAAGCUUUCCCGCUAAUUUCGGUUAUCCAGAAACUUGAGCAGUAAUCUGCAGAAGUCUCAGUCGAUUUUCGUAAGCAUGAAUGCUUAAAGACAGAUUUGAUAAGAACUAGAUCCUUAAAAAUUGUACAAACUUACAAGCGUUGAGAACAAAAACAUAGUUUCAUGGUUUUUGUUUUCGCUAAAGCAGUGGCCAUUAAUUCGUAUGUUGAUGACAACAACAUUAAUAGAAUAACUGAAUUGACGAAAUCAACUCGUUCCGCUAUGUCAUUUCCCGUAUGAGCAAUCAAGUUGUUGGAAAUAAUAUAAUAUAAGGCUCCCUAUAAUCGCGAUGCUCUUCUAAAGUUAAUCUAACCAUUCACAUUGCUUUCUUAUCGUCCAUAAUCUAUCUAACUUGCUUUUCCAUAAUUAUAAAUUUCAUAUCCGCCUUCAGCCUUUCCAUAUCAUCCUCUCACAAACAAAUCGAUCGCAUUCACGCUAUCCUGCCUCUUUGGCAUGAAAUAUACCAGCCCUUUAUAGCAGUACAAAGCGUAGUCUCCGUACAGCCUCAGGCUUGCCCAAUCCAAGGUUGGAAAACAAGUUCAUAACAAUCUUUUCGCCCACGGAUUGAGGGUGGUUCCAUUUGAUAUUUCCAUCUUUGUUCAAAGGAGAUGAAAUUUUUUCCGGGCUGCGACUACGCAAAGUAGCGAUACCACUGGUGUUGUACUCUGAGUUCGAUGUUUUCGGGUUUACCGUCAAAUUAAGCUGUGAUGCGACAAGACUCAACGACUCCUCAAGCAGGUUUUCACGUGCACAUACGUAUGAUAACUCAUUUUUGUACAAGCCUUUGGUAUGUCUUUGGAAUAUCCAAGUAUCGCCGCAUACCGAGGCGUGGGCAAUUUUGUGUUGGCUCAGCUAUGGGAUGUAAGCGAGCAAGCAAAAAGUACAACUGAUUCUUAGAUCAAGGAGCUGAGAGCGUCGUCCAUGGAAAUGUAUCCUAAAAAAUUGUAACACGUUUCGUAGCAAGUGCUUUCAGAGUUUUGAGUUUUUAGAAAGAAGAGGAAUGGAAGGUGAAAUAAGGCCAGGAUAUUUGAAGGAAGAGGAGGUAUUAAGGGAAGUUUUGGUUUUGUCAAGUUGCUAUAAGUGACGAUAGGUAUAUAAUACACUUUAUUUUGCAAUUUGAUGAUCAGCUUUGGAGUCUAAAUUAUAAGAGUCAUCUAACAGGGGAUAAGGUUGCUGGCGGGAAAGGUUUCUGGAUGCCAGCUCUUUGCUAGUAAGUAAUUCGUUUUAGCAGGCCUUCAAAAGGAAAUACAUGUCUGAAGCUAACCACAAAAUGUCCAUUGUGCUAUGCUGACCAAUAAAUGUAUGUACGCUUGAAGGAAAAUAACUGGUUUGAAUCAAAUGCGAAUUCGUUGAAGCUUCCUAUAAUGAUUCUGCGACAUGCAACGAUGGUUUCAUCUGACAUGCUGAAGGGUAAAUUGAGCUCUCUGAAUGCAUCCAUCGUUAGUAUUGAGGGAUCGUGCCUGAGGUCUUUUACAAUCAAAUAAGGAAUCUUGUCCAAUUGGAAAUACUUUUAUUACCUUUACCUGAACCUUCGUGCAGCCUUGCCAGCUCGUCAUUGGAAAGUUUACGGAAGUUUUUAAGGUCGUUCGUCAUGGUAUUGAUAACUGCCGGUUUAUGGGCAGGCGUUAGUCAAAGCUAGAAAAGGCUUAUUUGAGUAUAUAUUAUGAGGAAUGGAAGAUUUCCAAUGAUGUCUCUCUGUUACCCGAAUCCUCGAAAAAGGUCCAUUCAUGUAUGUCAAGGUAAUUAACGUUGCUGUCACACAGCUAUGGUCAACGCAGUGUCUUUUUACAAUACUCUGUCAAAUUUCAUCUAAGAAAACCACAUCGUAUUCGUGAGUAUAUAGUACAGUUAUACAGUAAUAUGAUUUGUUGAAGGUUAUACGAAUAGUCAAAAUAUAAAUGACGGAGAGUAUGUAUCGGAGGAAGCUACUGCAUUGGACAUACAACGAAUAAAGAAGCAAAAUCUAGGGUUAAAAGAAAAAAAAAUAUGCUAAAGUUGCAGAUUCAGCCUUUUGAAACGCUUUCUCCGUGAAGUUGUAUUCAUCUUACUUUUAUUUACUGUUACCUAUGAAGGGACAAUUACCAGAUUGUAAAUUGAUAUAUUAAGGAAGCGUCGCAGGAUCGAUUCUCUAUUAAAAAUUAAGGGUUAAAUAGAAGCUAUGAAGGUUGAACAGCCUCUGAUGCAGAUUUUAGUGGGAGUAGUUUUCAUUUGAAGACUGAAGCGGGUAAAAUGUUUGUUACUCAAAACACGUAGAGAAUAUAAAACAUUAAGAAUGCAAUAGCAG